AGUCCUUCGCUUUAAUUGUCUCCCCUUUUGAAAGCUUUCGCCCAGCGGCUCUGUGCGGAAGUGCUUUGGCUCUCUCGCCAGCUUUCAGGCUCUCUUUUCGGUGCUCUCUCCCACCGACUGACAGUUGAAUGAAAGCCAAAGCGUAGUCAAAUGCCGCCGCAUGGCAGCUUCAUUUUGUAAAUAUUGCGAGCGAUAGUCGGGCCACAUCUCUCGCAGUGCAUCCCGGAGACAUGUGGCAGGCGACUGCGCAUGGGCGGAGAGCGGAGGAGCCGCUGCCUCCGACCAGCCCCCGACCGCCAAGCCCACCGGGCCGCCACGUGCCGCAAGUCGGGGCAAUGGAGAGAGGACAGCAGAGAGCUGGGAGCGCUACCGGAGCGCUGGGCUAUCUGGCCAGCGGGCACUUCAUUUGGCGAAGAAGCUUCGUGGCGUGCGGGCGUGUUGCAGAGCCGGAAAAUGCGCGCGUAAACUGAUUAAUGAGUAGCACAGAGCACAAAGCACAACCGAGAAUAGAGCCAGAACAAAGAGCAAACAUACGAGUGUCGUUCCGUCGUUCCGCCGUACUCCCGUUCUCCCGUGACCGUUGUUCCCGCUCCCCCCGAUCCCUCGUUAUCCAUCGCCUGGCUAUGUGUUUAUGAAGUGCGUGAAUGAAGUGCCACAAAACGUUGCGGAAACCGUUUGCUGGCCCAUAAAUUGGCCAGCCAGUCCGGGUACGCUGUGCUGUUGCGGUCGUUGUCGUCGUCGCAGUCGCAGUCGCAUUGAAAGUCGUUGUCAAUGCCGUUGAUAAUGCGGUUGGCGCUGGCUGUGCCAGGAGCGGAGUCCGUGCCAGUUCCCGUGCCAGGCCGUAAUUGUCACUCGAAUGACUCUCUAUGCGAUACCAAUAAAAGUAGCAACAAAUUCAUCAUUGUCACAUUUGAUGCAACAACAACAAUUACAACAAUAUAACACCAACCAACGACAAAACCAACAAAGUAUUGCCACCAGCACCACCCGAAUAACGGCCAAAAACCAGAGUGGGACUCCGCGUCAUGUUAGAGGCUAAAAUAACAGAAGCAACAACAACAGAAACUGCCACAUCAGUAAUUAGAGCAAUUGCAACAUUAACUAAACCAGCAACGACUACCAUCCAGAGACCAAUAACAAUACCAACACCAAAACCAAUCCUAAGAUGGUCCUGAGCACCGAAUGGUCACAGGUGGAGGUUAUCGAUCUGAUCAACGAUGGCAACGGCCUCGGAUUCAUCCUGGUGGGCGGCCGCAGCACGGGCGUGGUGAUCAAGGCCUUGACGCCGGGUGGCGUCGCCGAGAGGGACGGACGCCUCCAGCUAGGCGACCACCUCCUGCAGAUCGGAGAGGUCAACCUGCGCGGCUUCAGCUCGGAGCAGGUGGCCACAGUUCUUCGUCAGACCGGAGCUCAGGUGCGUCUGAUAGUGGCGCGGCCGGUAGAGCCGACUGCCAUCGAUUACCAAACGCUGGCCAGUCAUGCGCCGAUUAUACCAACUAAGCUCCUCUCCGACCCGGAAGAACUGUCGCGUCAUCUAUUCCAGAACCCGAGCUUCUCCACCGCUGCGGCUGCGGCUGCAGCUGCGGGCUCCGUGGACGUCGCCAAUCUGGUGGGUCUAGUGCGGGGCGGACCCACAGAUGGCUCCGAGCUGGCCACGGCCGAGCCGCUGGGCCUCGGACACCUACAGCUGGGCGAGCUGACGGAACUGGCCGAUUUCCCCCUGCCACCCAUUCCCCCGCACAUGAUCGGGAGCCACAGCAGCAGCUCGAUGGAGGCCAACGGGCGGCAGUGCCCGCGAGACCUGGACAUUGUGCCCUUCUCCAUACUCUCGCCUCCGCCGCGUCCCGCCCUGCAGCUAGCCCUGGAGCCGCGCUGGAGGACGAGGGACCGGGACGGGCAGGAGGAGGAGGACGAUCAGCAUAUUGAGACUGUGAUAGCCGGCAAACUGUUGGCCGACGAGGAGGACGAAGAGGGGGACGGCGAUGGUGACGACUCCGCCUCUGCCUCGCCCUCGUACAUGGACUCCCCGGAGACGGAGACGUACGUUGUGGAGCUGCACAAGAACGUCUACGGGCUGGGCAUUACAGUGGCCGGCUAUGUGUGCGAGGAGGAGGACCUGUCCGGGAUCUUCGUGAAGAGCAUCAUCGAGGGCAGCGCCGCGGAGACGAGCGGCCAGAUCCAGAUCAACGAUCGCAUCGUCGCCGUCGAUGGCCGCUCCCUAUCCGGCGUGACGAACCAUCAGGCCGUGGAGCUGCUGCGGAACACGGACAUCGAGGUGCAUCUGACACUCGAGCGCUUCCUGCGCGGCCGCAAGUUCGAGCACCUGCAGGUGGCCCUCACCGAGAUCAAGGGCCGUCCCGCCCCCUGCACUGUGGACAACGAUGGCGACGGCGACGGCGACGGACAGUCGCAGCUGUCGAUGCCAGGAUCACCCUCGAUAGCCACGCUCAGCUGGCUGCCACCCAAGUCCCUCGACGCAGACUCCAUUGCCACCGAGGGCGAGGCGGAAGGCGAGGCCGGAGCAGCGGACGAUGAGCCGCUGGAGUUGGCCGAUCUGCCCUCGCGGGACACCGUCGAGUCGAACAUGUCGCACGUGCUGGACCGCAGCGACCACAGUGGGCCCCGGCCGGCCAAAUCUCCCAAUCUAGUCCCAAGUACCCCUCCCCCUUCGACUCUGACCAAUGGCCAGCUUGUGCGGAGCAGAGGCCACGGGCGGAUGGCGGCGGAUGACAGUGGCAACGACACCGACGAGCAGUGUCCAGAGCCCGAGCCGGAGCGCGACUUAGAGACCGAUGCAGAUCCCGCCCAGAGUCGGACGCCCACCAAUGAGCUGGAUGGGGCGGCGAUAGGGGUCAAGGGUGGGGCAGCAGUCGUGAAAGCUGACCGGGUCGAGAAGGCUGCCAGCCCGAGCGCCGCCUCGCUGCGGGUGGCCUGGAAAAGUGAGUUUCCCGACAGUGAAAUUUUAGUUGCCGAAAUAAAUAAACUUUCAGGUCUAGGGAUCAGCCUCGAGGGCACCGUCGACGUCGAGUGCGGUAUUGAGAAGCGUCCGCAUCACUACAUACGCUCCAUACUCGAGGACGGUCCCGUCGGCCGCCAGGGCAUCCUGCGGCCCGGCGACGAGCUGCUCCAGGUCAACGAGCACAAGCUCCAGGGACUGCGCCACAUCGACGUGGUCAAGAUCCUAAAGGAGCUGCCCGCGCGCGUCAAGCUCGUCUGUGCCCGGGGCACGCGGGUGCCCUCCGUCAUCAACACCUCGCAGAAUGCGGAGGCCUUUGAGACGCGCAGCCUCCUGCCAGGCGGCCACCAAAGCCUGCAGAACCUGCUCAGCAAGGCGCAGUCGGAGAGCUCCUUGUAUACGUCCAGCACGGCGACGCUGACGGAGGCCGCCGGAGGAGCGGGCAACGGCAGUCAUCAGCGCUCCAAGUCGCUGGAGAACGUGUCCGGUCUGGCACUGUGGAGCUGCGAGGUGACGGCCAUCGACAUCGAGAAGACGGAGCAGGGCUUCGGCUUCUCCAUUCUCGACUACCAGGACCCGCUCGACUCGGAGGGCAGUGUGAUUGUGAUACGCGGCCUGAUACGCGGUGGUGCUGCGGAGGCAACCAACGAGAUAUAUCCGGGCGAUCGCCUCAUAAGCGUCGGCGAUCAUCUGCUCCAAGGCCUCGAACUGGACGAGGCAGUCUCCAUUCUAAAGGCCAUGCCGCCUGGCCUCACGCGCAUCGGCAUCUGUCGGCCACUCUCCACGUCGGACAGCAACAGCAACAUAGCCUCGCCCCUAGGCGACUCGGCCAGCACAUAGUGACAGCCCCUCGAUGGCCACUCGGAGCCAGAGCCAUUCUCAAUGUAUUAUAUGACCCUUAUAUCAGCGAUGUGAAGGUGCCACACCACCCGCAACAGGACUAGAACCAGCAGCGGCAUGCCCCCUCACCGAAAGGGGGCGGACGUCUGCGGCAUUCAGCAUCGGAACAAUUUGUAUGUAGUUUAGUACAUAUAUUGAAUCCCCCCGCAUUACUAUUAAAUUAUAUAGACACAUACAUAGACAAAACGCCCGGCAACGUCAACGGGAACGAGCCUGAAAACUAAAUUGCGUAAAUAAAUAAAUAAAAUAGCAUGGCACGGAACGAUUCUAAAAUAUCACAGAUUGUUGUAUCAAUAAAUUAUUAAUAAAAAUUUCUGCGGACAAACAAACGAACAGAACAGAGCUAUAAAAAAGUUGUCACCAUCAAAAGUUGGACAUCAACCAGGAAAAAACAAUUUUCAGAACAGAAACAAGAGCAUCAGCCAGGAAUGGAAUGAAAUUUAUUCAUACAAACACAAAUAUUGCAAAACAUUUUUCCAGUUUAGCAUGCAGAUGAGAACGAGGAUGAUGAUAGCCGCCCUGGUAGUUCUCACAUAUCCCCCAAAGACCGCGUCCCAGCCCUAGCCCCAAAUCCAACCCAACCCCACCUCACUCCCACCCCCUGGAGGCCGCUGUAAAUAUUCGAGAGAUUAUUUUUAUUGUCCUUUUCGGAUUUAUGUAGCAUAAAAUUUACAAUUUCUAGAAAGUACGAGUAAAUCAUUUAUGUAUUUAAAUAGGUAUGGCCGAGACCGAGGCCUGGACGAUGUUGGUCGGUCUGUGGGGCGGGCUGUGUCGUUGGGCGGCGUGACUGUCACAGAUUGCUUUUCUUAAGAGUAGGUUCUAAGUAGGUAAAGAUAAAACACACAGCCAACACUCUCACAUUAAACACACAGAAAAACGAAAAGCGAACAUUUUGAAAUUGUAUAGAAUGGGAAAAUUGAAAGUAAAGUUAAAUAGAUUCUUCGAGUUAGUCAUGCAUAUAUUGUAUAUGGAAAGAUAUAUACACACAUACAUAUGUAGAAACCACAAAUGCUUUGCCUAUGCAUAAACUUAUUUAUACAAUUGACGACCAAGCAAAAGUAAAACUUUAUAUUUAGUGACAGGAUCAAGCCUAAAUCACACAACACACAGACACACAAACUAACGUAGACCAGAGAGAGGACACGUGAGUGCUGUAAGAGUAGACAAAGGACCAGUCCUCGACGACGGUACCUGACUUUCCUCCACGCCUCCUCCACUCGCCUCUGAAGACAGAAAUUAUUAAAUAUAAAACAAAAGCUUGUUAGUGAUACUAAUUUUAAAUGAACAAAAGAGAAAAACAACACAACUAAAUACAUAUUUGUAAAACAAACCAUGUUUGAUAAUUCUUAGCGGAUCUUCAAGUGUUUACAUUGUUAUGAAAUUUCGACAUUGAUUUCCGAAACCGAGUUCCGAUUUCAUUUGUAAAUAGAGUUGCGUUAUUUCCCCACAUCCAUACGAUAAGCUGCUUUAGCUAUUAAUAGACAACCGG